AGCCAUGGCAGCAUGUGGGAGCCUGCAACACAUCUUCGAUAACAUAUUGCCAGAAAACCCAACACUACUUGAAUCCCUCUCAACAAACCAAAUAAAACCUAUAAAAUCCAUAGAACAAGCCUCAUCCUUUACUGAGAUAUUUGGUGAACUCUAUUUCAAGGAGAGUCCUGUAUCAUCACCCUCAUCUUCCCACGUUUCUACUUCUCCAUCUUCAGCCUAUGUUUCAAGCACCCCAAUAAGAAACCACACCAAUAGGCACAAAAGUAGUGAGAGCUUUUCAUCCUUGAGUUCUGAAAGUUUGCAGCUUUGCACGGAGGGUCUUGGUUUCGAGAGCUCAGAUGAUGUUGAAUACUUGAAUGAAUGUUGGGAAACUCAUAGUGAGAAAGAGGGUGUGAAAAAGCAUUUAUCUUCAGAAGAUUCUUAUGGUGAAUGCAGAAGGUCAAGGGUCAAUGGGGGAGAGUAUCCUCCUCCCAUAUCAUGCAUGGGGAGGAAUGGGAAGCCUUGGGUUUGCUUUAGGUCCUAUAGGAGUGAUGGGAGAUUUGUCCUCAAAGAAAUAAGAAUACCCACUCAGGAGUUCUUGCAUGCUUAUAGAGAAGAUGGAAGGUUGAAGCUUCACUUUGUUCAGCCUGAUGAUGAGUUUUUAGAAGAAGAAGAUGAUGAUGAUGAUGAUGUAGAAGGUAUAGAUGAGGAAGAAUAUGACAUUGGAAAAGAAAAUGAUGAUUGUGUAAGAGAUCAUGUAAAUGAAGAAAAAGAGAUUGAUGCCCAAGUGAAUAGUAACUGA